AUGUGUUGUGUGAGCUACUCCCGUACUUUGUUUAUCGUUACUAAACUUUACCCCGUUGAACUGGAAACUGUUUGCAAAAACAUUCAAAAAUUGUGACAAACCCCACAGGAAUAUGGGAUUGCUAUCCUUGCUGCGAAAGUUACGUUCAACACCGGAAAAGGAGUUACGCAUUCUGCUGCUCGGACUGGAUAAUGCAGGCAAAACGACCCUACUCAAACAGCUGGCUUCCGAAGAGGUUUCACAGGUAACUCCAACAGCAGGUUUCAACAUCAAAUCCGUAGUCUCCGAUGGUUUCAAGCUGAACGUGUGGGACAUCGGAGGUCAGAGCAAGAUUCGUCCCUACUGGAAGAACUAUUUCGAAAAUACCGAUGUGUUGAUUUACGUUAUCGAUUCCAGCGAUCGUAAGCGACUGGAGGAAACUGGUGACGAGCUGGCCGAGCUGCUACUGGAUGAUAAGUUGAAAAACGUCCCGGUGCUGGUGUUUGCCAACAAGCAGGACAUUGCCGGUUCUCUCAAGGCUUCCGAGAUUGCCGAAUGUUUGAAACUGGUCAAGCUGAAAGAUCGAACCUGGCAGAUUCAGGGUUGCUCCGCGCUACAGGGAACGGGCGUGAAGGAGGGAAUGGAUUGGGUUUGUAAAAGUAUUAGAAAGUGAUGGAGUAAUAUUAGUUGCCUUAUGAAAAAGUGUCUUUGCUUGUCUUUGCUCUCACCAUAUUGCUAUAAGAGCUAGAUUCCACGAUAUUUGCACGUUACCUGAAAAAGUUUCACCAACGAGUGCAAUACUUAGCAAUGAACCGAACAUGAAAUUAAUAAAAAGGUAAGAGGAGGGCUGGUUUUUAAUUGGUUCA